CGGGCGGCGGCGGGGAAAGGCCGGUGCUGGCGGCGGGGCCGCCAGGGAUAUGCGGCAGCGGCUGUUCCCUGUGCUGAGCCGGGCUCUGCCGGGCUGGACGCGCCCCUGGGCCGCCCCGGCCUCGCGCUCCUUUCCUCAGGGCCGGCGGCGCAGCUCUCUCGGGUACGGUGCGAGUGCGGCGGGGCCGGGGCCGGGCCGCGGGUCCCGGGGCCGUGUGACCCGGGGCCGUGAGGCCGGAGAGCCCCCGCGGUGUUGUGUAAGAGGCGGCGGCGCGGCCGAGCGGGGGCACCUUGUGAGUCCAGGGGAGUGCCCGCCCUGCCCGAGUGCGGCCGGGAGCCGGGGCAGCCCGGGCCGCGGAGCGGGGCUGGCGCCGGAGCCUUCCGGGCAGGCAGUGGGCGAGAUGGGGGCGGCGGGGCCGUGUGUGCCGAGGAGGCCUGAGCCCUGCCUUGUGUCCUGCCUUGUGUCCUGCCUUGUGUCCUGCCUUGUGUCCUGCCUUGUGUCCUGCCUUGUGUCCUGCCUUGUGUCCUGCCUUGUGUCCUGCCUUGUGUCCUGCCUUGUGUCCUGCCUUGUGUCCUGCUCUGCCGCCCGGGAGAGUCCGGGCUGACGUGCUCCGGUGUUUGCAGCCGCACCUCCUUUGACAAAGCAGGCUUGGUCAUCAGCCGUGUGGCUUUCGUUGCCCGGGGGCUUGCUUUGUUGUUCUCCUUCCCUCUCAAAAAACCUCCAUGAACUGUUGUGUUACUUAACUUGCUAUGUCUUCCUAAGACAUAAUUAUGAAAAAAAAAAAAGAAAAGAAAAAAGUUUAAAAUCUUUCAGAAGAGACUGCUAUCAGUUACCCAGAGUUGAUGGGAGUGGCCUCCUCAGUUUCUGACGAGUUAUCUGGCACUGGCAUUGUGCGGGUUAGUUAUUGCGUGUUUGUGUCACCAGUGUCACCAGCUCCAGGGGAGAGAGCGCAGCUAACCUCGAUCAAGGGAGGAGCGGGCGCCAGGCUUAGCACAGCUCACUUUUAGAGGCGAUUUAAAGUUUCAGAAGGAGACAAACAACAAAAUGAACAAUCCAGCUAUUAAGAGAAUAACAAAUGAAAUUAUCAAAUCACCCGAGGAUAAACGAGAAUAUCGUGGACUGGAAUUGGCAAAUGGCAUUAAAGCUCUUCUCAUCAGUGACCCCACCACAGAUAAGUCCUCAGCAGCACUUGAUGUCCACAUAGGAUCCUUGUCUGAUCCCCCCAACAUUGCUGGGCUUAGUCAUUUUUGUGAGCAUAUGUUGUUCCUGGGAACCAAGAAAUAUCCAAAAGAAAAUGAGUACAGCCAAUUUCUAAGUGAGCAUGCUGGGAGCUCAAAUGCUUUCACGAGUGGUGAACAUACCAACUAUUACUUUGAUGUGUCACAUGAACAUCUAGAAGGUGCACUGGACAGAUUUGCCCAGUUUUUCCUGUGUCCCCUGUUUGAUGAAAGUUGCAAAGAUAGGGAAGUGAACGCUGUUGAUUCUGAGCAUGAGAAGAAUCUGAUGAAUGAUGCCUGGAGGUUGUUUCAAUUGGAGAAGGCUACUGGAAACCCCAACCAUCCCUUCAGUAAAUUUGGAACAGGGAACAAAUUCACUCUGGAAACUAGACCAACCCAAGAAGGAAUAGAUGUAAGGCAAGAGCUACUGAAGUUCCAUUCUACAUACUAUUCAUCAAAUUUAAUGGCUAUUUGUGUCUUAGGAAGAGAAUCCUUGGAUGAGCUGACUUGCUUAGUGGUAAAGUUAUUUUCAGAAGUAGAGAAUAAAAAUGUUCCUAUACCAGAGUUUCCUGAGCAUCCUUUCCAAGAAGAGCAUCUCCGGCAACUUUACAAAGUGGUGCCCAUUAAGGACAUCAGAAAUCUUUAUGUCACAUUUCCUAUACCAGACCUUCAGAAGUAUUACAAAUCAAACCCUGGCCAUUACCUUGGCCAUCUGAUUGGGCAUGAAGGCCCGGGGAGUCUUCUGUCAGAGCUUAAAGCCAAAGGAUGGGUAAAUACUCUUGUUGGAGGUCAGAAGGAAGGUGCUAGAGGUUUCAUGUUUUUCAUCAUUAACGUGGACUUGACAGAAGAAGGCCUUUUGCAUGUUGAAGAUAUUAUUUUGCACAUGUUUCAAUAUAUUCAAAAACUACGUACAGAAGGACCUCAAGAAUGGGUUUUCCAAGAGUGCAAGGAUCUAAAUGCUGUGGCAUUCAGAUUUAAGGAUAAGGAACGACCACGAGGUUACACAUCAAAGCUUGGAGGAAUGUUGCAUUAUUAUCCUAUAGAAGAAGUAUUGGCUGCUGAAUAUCUGCUUGAAGAAUUCAGGCCUGAUUUAAUAGAGAUGGUACUGGAUAAACUGAGACCAGAAAAUGUUCGAGUUGCAAUAGUUUCCAAGUCUUUUGAAGGAAAAACUGAUCGGACAGAAGAGUGGUAUGGAACACAGUACAAGCAAGAAGCAAUUUCUGAUGAAGUUAUUAAGAAAUGGCAAAAUGCUGACCUGAAUGGGAAAUUCAAGCUUCCAAUGAAGAAUGAGUUUAUUCCUACAAACUUUGAGAUUUUGCCAUUGGAAAAAGAUGCAACACAGUACCCUGCCCUUAUUAAGGACACUGCUAUGAGCAAACUAUGGUUCAAGCAAGACGACAAAUUUUUUUUGCCAAAAGCUUGUCUCAACUUUGAAUUUUUCAGCCCAUUUGCUUACGUGGAUCCCUUGCAUUGUAACAUGGCCUAUUUGUACCUUGAACUACUCAAAGACUCCCUCAACGAGUAUGCAUAUGCAGCAGAACUAGCUGGCUUGAACUAUGAUCUCCAAAAUACCAUCUAUGGGAUGUAUCUCUCUGUAAAAGGUUAUAACGACAAGCAACACAUCUUGCUCAAGAAGAUCAUUGAGAAAAUGGCGACUUUUGAGAUCGAUGAAAAGCGGUUUGAAAUCAUCAAGGAAGCGUACAUGAGAUCACUUAACAACUUCAGGGCUGAACAGCCUCACCAGCAUGCAAUGUAUUAUCUCCGACUCUUGAUGACAGAAGUUGCUUGGACCAAAGAUGAAUUAAAAGAAGCUCUAGAUGAUGUCACCCUUCCUCGUCUCAAGGCCUUCAUAGCACAGCUGUUGUCACGGUUACACAUUGAAGCUCUUCUCCAUGGCAAUAUAACAAAACAGGCUGCAUUAGGAAUUACGCAGAUGGUUGAGGACACUCUCAUUGAGCAUGCUCAUACAAAGCCACUCCUUCCCAGUCAGCUAGUGAGGUACAGAGAAGUGCAGCUUCCUGACAGAGGUUGGUUUGUAUAUCAACAGAGAAAUGAAGUUCAUAACAACUGUGGCAUUGAAAUAUAUUACCAGACAGACAUGCAGAGCACCUCUGAGAAUAUGUUUUUGGAGCUCUUCUGCCAGAUCAUCUCGGAGCCGUGCUUCAACACCCUGCGCACCCAGGAGCAGCUGGGUUACAUUGUGUUCAGUGGCCCACGUCGGGCUAAUGGCAUCCAAGGACUGCGAUUUAUUAUCCAAUCUGAAAAGCCACCACACUACUUAGAGAGCAGGGUUGAGGCGUUCCUAAAAACCAUGGAGAAGUGCAUAGAAGACAUGACAGAAGAGGCCUUCCAAAAACACAUCCAAGCUUUAGCAAUCCGUCGUCUAGACAAACCAAAGAAGCUGUCUGCAGAAUGUGCUAAAUACUGGGGAGAAAUCAUUUCCCAGCAGUAUAACUUUGACAGAGAUAACAUUGAAGUGGCUUAUCUAAAGACCCUGACCAAGGAUGACAUUAUACAGUUCUACAAGGUGCUGUUGGCAAUAGAUGCUCCCAGAAGACACAAGGUAUCAGUACACGUCCUUGCAAGGGAAAUGGAUUCCUGCCCUGUUGUUGGAGAAUUUCCAUGCCAAAAUGAUGUGAACCUGGCGCCAGCACCACCACUACCACAGCCAAGUGUGAUUGAAAACAUGACAGAAUUCAAGCGCAGUCUGCCGCUCUUCCCACUGGUGAAACCACAUAUCAAUUUCAUGGCUGCAAAACUGUGAAGAACCCCAAUGGAUGAAGAAAUGCAAAUGAUCAGUACUGACAUGGUUUCAGGGGACUUUGUGAUGAACAAAAUUAUUAAAGAUCGUUGGGAUAAAUGGUUCUGUUCAUUAUGAAAGUCCCGAAUUCCUUCUUGGUUCAUUUGACAUUAGCUGUGUGUUAGGGAUAGAGUAUAUAAAAAUCAGUUGUGGUCAUGUGUCAUUUAUAUUACAGACAGCCUGUUAAAAACCAAAAUCAACUGAAACAAUAAUAAUAAAAAACUCGUAGAUGCAGUAUAUUUUUAAAAUAACAUAUCCCUUCAGAUUUUCAUUUUGAUGAAAUAACCCUCCAGAGCAAACAAAGUUGCUUGAAAUGUGCUUGUUACUCCUGAAAAACACAGUUUUAGUAUCCCAGUAAUUAUUUUAUUGGGAAUUGGAGGGGGUGAGAUAAGUAAGUCCUUUUUGGGAUGGGGUCAACAAUUUUUCUUAAAAAUAGAGACUUUCACAUUUUUUUGAAGUGACAUGUUGAAUGAUACUUUUUUAAUUGAUCCUUAAUGUAACCAACAUAUUUUCUAUUUAAGUUUUAUGAAGACCAGUGGGGCUGAAAAAAAGGAAAUUUGACAACACAGUAAUAGGUGAGAGAAUUGUCUUAAUGCGAAUAAUUGAAGAUAAGGGCAUGAUUUUAAUCUUUCUAUACAAAUUUGGGGACGUUUUAUAUUAAAACUAGUAAAAUGCUGGAAACACUCUAUUAGUGCGUCUUAUUUUUGUUACCAAAAGUGUUGUCCCAGUCUCUUGAUACUGUCACCAUCCUGUUCAGUUUUACAGCAUUACUGUGAACUGUCCAUUUGGUAUAUUAGAUACUUCUAUUUGGUGUAAUUUUUUGUUUUCAGUUGCAUAUUUGCUAAUGGAGAACUCAGUCUUUUGCCUCGCCUGUUAUGUUGGGUCUCAGUCCAGCGAAGCACUCAUCAGUGCAAAUAUCUGAACACACACUAGUUGUGUACUCAAGAACAGGUGCUUGUCAGAUACAGGGGCUCUCUAAUGAGUCAGAUACAUCAUUAUUGGAUCCAUGUGUGGGUCCUUGUCCUUCGGGAGGGUUUGGGACAGUGCAGUGCUGGGCUAGCAGAGCUACAGCACAGUCUGUGCUUCAGGUUACAUCACAAAGGGUUUGCUCCUGCUUCUGGGAACAAGGCUGUGCAGAGCUCAGAAGGAUCAAUAACUAUGCUGAAAUAAUGUUUAUAUAUAUACAUAUAUAUAUUUCAUAAUGUAGUAAAAUGAUAAAGCAAUAUAAGGUGUCUCCUCCUCACGAACUUUACUGACUCCUGCAGAGUGUUCUUGUGCUUGGGACAGCACCCAAAUAGCAAAGGCGAGGAGCAUUAAGUUCUACCUCUGUAACACAUAAAAGAGAUGGCCCUUACUCAGACAGGAGAGAAUAUGUAAAGCACUGCAGAUACAAAAUCUGCUCAUCAGAGGUGUUAGUAAGGAUUUGCUUCUUACUAAAAGAGCGUGAAAGCAAUGCCCUGGUGUGACAGGCAUCUGUGUCAAACAUCAGAAUCCUGGUAUAGUCAGGAGGGCUGUUCUGUGAUUGAAUCAAUGUUGGUUCUGACAUUGGCUCUGAGGCCAAAUUAAUGAAUGCUUGACAGGGCAAGGGCCUGAAGUUGGGUUUGUUUGAGAGUCUUUUCUAACUGAAUAAAUAUGGUGCAUUUAAAAGUUGUUUUAAAGGUUAACGGUACAUGUUUCAGUAUCUUUUUAAUAAAUUUGGUGAGAGUUUGUGAUGUAACCUGUUGCCAAGGAAGGCCACUAACAUCUUUCAGCCUGAUGAAGAGAAAAAAAAUAAAUACAGACUAAACAAAACCAGUCAAGUUGUCUAUGCCCAUAUUUUUCAUGGAUCCUUCAUAUGAGGCUUUUUGCCCUCUUGCAUUUCACUUUUGUUUAUAGUUUUCCUUCAGUAAAAGUAUUUGUAUUAUAUAUAUUAAAACUUUUGACAACAUAUUAUAAAAGUAUAUUUUUUGGGAUUUAGUAUUUAAACAUGACACUCUUAUGGUGAAUACAAUGAAAUGGCUCCUAUUGUGUGUAAAAAUAAAUAAGUAUAUAUAUUCAUGGAAAUACUAUCAACUUUUAACAGAUGAUAUAAAUAAAUUGGAAUAGCAGUGUAUCUAACAGAAGCUCACAAAUCAUGUUUUCCAGAGGAAAAAAUGUAUACCUUCAAAAUUCUGUGACUGGAUGUGGAAACCCAUGUAGUUUUCCAACAACUCUUAAUUGCUUUUAAGUGUUCUCCAGCAUUUUACAGUUUCUGAGUUUGAUAUAGCAGUAAAUUUUGAUAAACUCAGGCAUACUAAUGGGUUCAUUUUAAUGGAUCCAAAGCUGCAGUGUCUACAAGCAAUAAAGAACUACCUAGAAUACACUGUAAUUCAAUUUUAGUGCUUGUUAAUUAGUUUAUGUAAGAAACCAUAAAUUAUUAUUACAUAACUGUAAUUUUUGCAAGUGCUAUUUUAAGCAAUUGAUGUGGAAUUGGGUGCAUGUGACACAGCCAGUAUGACAGAGUGCUAGAGUUAUUCUGUUUACAAUAAACAAUCUGAAUUUAAUGUUUGGAGUUCUUAAUUUGUUUCAUUUUAAUUUUUGCAUACUGGUAAUGUUACAUCUAUCAGUCUAUGCAUGUUUUUUACUAGACAUGUUAAAUGUGAUUUUCUGCUAUCCAGUUCAACUAGUUAGGCCAAAUAGCAUUGCUGCAGAAGUUUCAGAGGACGUCCCCAUGUGGCAUCCCACACCUCUUAGGUAGAUCCACUUCUGUUGCCCUCUAAGUGUAAGAAAACGUAGUAAUAUAAAGGUAGAAAUAUUUGCACAAGACAGAAUUUUAAUUAUCAAAUCCGAAACUGUACAUUUAAGGCAUGGCUGCAGCCAGACUGAAUCUCGCCUAGUGCAGCUUUACAGUGUUGCUUUUGAGAAAUUACUUUGCCUGGUCAUUUUCUUUAUUCUAUGCACACCAAAAGACCACGUUUGAAAAGGUUAGGAGAGUGUGAUUGUUAAAGUAGUAAAUCAUUUCAAUUCUGACAGCACAAAGAUCCAAGUCAGCAGGUCCUCCUGCUCUCCUGAGGGGUUCCUUGAAGUGGUCCAUGACAGUGAGCAGCACUAAGAGACAGGUUUUGUCCUUGGCAUUGGGAAGAGUGGCUGCUUCUCUCAGGGGAGAAGGAAAAUGCCAACAGCCCACCUGGAAAAUUACUUGUCCCCAACAGCAGGGCUUUGUUGACUCCUGGUUGUUAGGAGUUGGUGUAAAUCUUGACUUACUGACUUUAUUGUCUUGCAAAGAGUCAAGUUAUCCAAAUCUACUUUAACUAAUACUAUUAGCCAUACAAAAAAUGCCUGAGCUUGUUCAGAUUAUUUAAGUGCUUGGAUGUGAGCAGCCCUUAUUGAUAAUGUGUUCCACAGUGUAAUCAUAGCAUCUGGGGAAUGUGUUACACACCUUUUUAACAUCAUUUAUUAUUAUCUAGCUCUUGUUUUAAAACAGGAUCAGCAGAAUGUUACCUUUUCUCUCCUACUUAACUGGUUAGUAUGCUUUUACUGUAGGCCUGCUGUAAAGUGAAAAAACAUUAUCUUCUACAUUUUCAUACCUUUUUCCCAUGUUUUUUCAGUAUGUGACCAUUGAGCUGACAUGGUCAUCCACAGGGACACUGGGGCCUUUGCUUGAGUUCAUACCUAAUAUGAUAUUCAAAUCCAGCUCUGAAAUACUUGGUUUGCAAGUCAGUUUUUAAUACUGUUGCUAAUACAAGGCACCUCUGGGUAUUUUAAAGGCAGAAGAGAUCAGAAAGGCCCCUUUCGUACCUUGUAAUUUAAAAAGAAGGCUGGCCAAUGUAGAUCCUUCUGAAAGGCUUUUUAUUUGAAACAUUAUUAUUUACCAUUCAAAGAAUAUAAGUUACAGUAUGUGCUGUGGGUGGAAUAUAAUGGUAAUAGUGGGUGAAAUGUGAAUUGCAGUUCAAAGGAACAAAGUGUAUACGACCAAAAGCCCAGGAGAUUGUCACAUUUAAAUCAACUUAUUUGAACUCAAGCAUCUAAACAGAAUUUAAGACUGAAAGUAUUUAUGGCUUUCUAAAUUAACAUUUCUAACCCCAAGUGCAGCAAUAAAGGAUGUAGACAUCACACUGAUGAGCAGUUGCCACUGUUAAUUUUUUCAGACUGUGUCUUUAGUGGUGCAGUGCAAAAUUCCCAGUUUAGUUCCUUGGCUGUGCAAUGGAUGGGGGAAGAUACACAGCUCCAAAGUGCAAGGAAGUGACCAGGCUUAGCCUUUGGUCAGCUUCCUAUCCAGAAAGGAAAGCAAGGAAUUUGGUGCUUGUCCAGUGUCUACCAAAGGCAUGUAAAAUUUCACUGGAGCAGCAGCUGGAACUCAGGACCCUUUCCAGGGCUCCCCUCCAUCCACACACAGAACUGGGUGUCCUGUGGUGUGUGUGGGUUCACAGAUCUGCUCUGGUGGGGAACACUGACAAAGCACAGGUUCCACAGAGGGGAUGAGGAGGUCCUCAGCCCAUGUGGGUAACCUGCAAAGUGGGGAGAACAGGCUAGGGAAGAUUGUAAUAGAAAAUGGAAAUGAGGUUGAUGUUUUGUAACUUCAACUAACCACUGUGUUGUGUGUAGAAGAGCAUGUUUUAUGUGAAGUCUGUUUUAAAGGAUGAACUGCUGUGAUGGGAGAGAAAGAAGAGCUAUUUGUGAAUUCCAGGCAGAUGUAGGAAACCAAUACUAAAGCAUUUUACGUGGUUAAGGCUGAGUCAUUUCAGAGCAUGUGCAAAAAUGCUGUUGUGGGGUAUUGAAUGUAGAAAAUCUGGAUGUGCAAAUAUCAGUGAAAACGGAGGCAGCUCUUCGAAGAUGUAAAUUUUAGAUGUGAGGCCUUUUUCCAUACAGAGAUCUUAGAAAUUUCCAGAAUGGUACUAAAAAAGUGGUGCACUUGGCAAGGCAAUUUUGGAAAUAGUUUAAAACACCAGAAAUACCUAAACAUUUCACAGUAAUGGUGCUCAGAAAUGGUUCACUUAGUAUUUUUUAAACUUUCUAACUGGCUUUGGAAUGAAGUAAGGUUUAGCAGGACAAAUUUCAACCCAAGUGAUUAUUUGUGCAUGUAUGUGAAAGCCAGGGAAGUUCACAAGCUCAGUGCCCAUCAGUGCUCUGGAGUCAGUCAGCUGUCACUUUAUCCCAUUGUCAUUACAGUAACUUUCAGCCUGCUAACCUUCUGCAGGGCCAGAGGAAUGGAAGUGUUUUUAACAACCAAUUUCUUAGAACCCACUACUCCAAGUAAAGUUAUUUGUUUGACUGGGAGAUACCCAUAUCAUUCACUGGCACGUACCUAUUCUAUUAAGGGGGAAGUUCCAAGAGUCUGAAAAAAAUCUGUGUAAAGAAUUCUGUUCACAGAUUAUUUCCAGAUAAGAUCAUAGGAAGAGAAAGUAAUAAGUAAGUGACAAUUCUGUGGCAUUAAAUGUAUUUUAGGAGCACAGGAAUCUGUAUGUAUAACUGGAUCUGUCAUCUCCACAAGCUGAUUGUUUAGUUCUGCCACUCUGUGUGUCACCUUCCAAGGCAGAGACGGACGCUGCUCACCUCACCUUGUGUGACAUGUCCCUGGCCAAGGUGAGGUGAGCAGAUACUGCCACUGUCACACCAGCCCUGUGUGUCACUGGUGUCCCUCUAGCACUGGCACGCAGCGUGUGCAGACAGCAUGUGUGUGCCCUAGGAUAUUCUUUCUGUGAUUAGAGCUCAUCCUCUAAUCCUGGAAAGCUUUACCCAUGAAAUUAAACAAAGAUGGCACCUACAGUAUGUCCAAGCCUGGAGAGCCACCCUGGAGCUCAGCAAAGCGAGAAAUUUAAGCAAGUAAAACUAUUGCAGAAAUAAUUUGAAAGGAGGUGCUACUCAACUGCAGCAGGAGACAUCUGCUGAUGUAUGCACAACAUGAUUCUAUUGCUGUGAAUAAGCUAAGAAAAAUGUACCUUAUGCAGCCUUUUCCUGGAAGUAGGAAGAGUAGAAUAUUUAAGAGUGGAAUAGCUCGUAGGCUCUGUGUAAGUUGAAGAAUGCAUAUAUAAAGAAUGCUUGUAGUUUGGAUUGUCCACUUGAAUUUAAAUGUCAGUAAUUGUUAGUUUAAAGAUACUAUGAAUGUGAAAACGCAAAAGAUUGUAUUAAACUCAGUGUAUACAAAGUGUAAGUGAGCUGAGGUGCUGGCCCACACUGUGAGCCACUUCAUGAAAAUGUUGAAAUGGAAGAUAAUGCAUAUAAGCUGCAUGCCAUUUUGCACUUCUUGUCUGAUUAUCAUGUCUGUCUGUCAUGUCAUUGUGUAAAAACUAUAAAUUCCUGGGAAGAGGUCAUGUGUUACUGUGUGAACUGCCAAUGCACAACUGUGGCGCUGUAUAGCUAAGAAUAUGUGUUAGGCUUUUUUAAAUGUUGAAUUGAGUCAAUUGAGUUUUUGAGUUAAUUGAGUUAGUGUGAAGACCUUAAUUUCAGGACAACUUGUAGUGUCUAAACAGUCCUAAGUUUCUUUGAAAGCAAUAGAAUAAAAUUAUCAGAAUUUUUCAUUGACUUUAUCAGCUCUACAUUCUCUACCCAACAGACCAAAAAAAAAAAAAAAAAGGCAGUUGAGAUAAUUGAUAACUAAAUCCUGGCCUGACAGCUGGAGUAAAUGUGUUGCCUUGUAGUAUACUGAUAGCCCUAGAUAAUGAAGUAUGUAUAUCUUAACAAUGGUUUUGGCAUAAACUCUUGGCUAGUCAUUUAAAAUAAUCCUAAAUACUUUUGGAAUAGCUAGUAGUCCUGGAAGUCUUGUAACAUUCGUGUCUUUGUUUUGAUCUGAGAUGCCCAUACAAGAUAGAAAUAUUACACAAAUAUCUAUGUAGAGAGAUACAUUAUUUCUUGGAUAGAAGUAAUCAGAGUCCUCUAGUUUCAUAGGCUGUUGGGCUGAGCUUUAAUUUGACAGUGGUGUCACAGAGCUCUGUGACAGAGAUGUGUUAAAAAGAUGCCAGAGGAGCUGCCUUGCCAAUCCCCCAGAGCCACCGUACACCAUGCAAGCAAAACAAUAAUAUCUGUCUACUUUCGUGAAGUAUGCAUUUGUAGUGUAAUGAAUCUAGCACUUUUUCCUAAGCUGAAGUAAACUAUAUACCUUCUCAAAACUGUGUGGAAAGAUUUAAUAGAUCUGGUUGUCCAGCGGCUCAGCAGAGGCAAUUGUUUAGAAAAUGGGCUGGCGCUCAAAAUCAAAGCUGAGUGUGGAUUUAUGUGUGUGAUAAAUAAGACUGUAAGGGACAGCACAGUCAGCAAACUUAAACUAUUCUACUUAGGCUGGUGGGGAUUUCUGGUGUACUGAAGAUGCUGAGGUGCCCCCAGCAGCCGUACCAGAAAUGUCCUGGCAGCACCGUGCACAGUCCCGGUGCUCUGGUAUUGCAGGAGAGGGCCCCGUUUGGGGGGCUGGAAUGAGAACAGAGAGCUACAGCACCCACAGGCCCACAGCAGCUCAGCAGUGUUUGUGAUGUGUCCUCCUGGUCCUGAAAGUAAGAAUGGCCAAAGCUAUUGUGGGAGGAGAGCGAUCCUGCCUUUACUGGCCCUCUGCAAUCUCGGAUGCUUUGGGCAAGCUGUAAAGUUCUGUGCUUGAGCAUCAGCUACAUCAAAUCAAAUCUCAACAGGUCUUUCCUUUGGUUUGAUUUAAUGUCACAUGUUACUGCCUUUUUCUUGUCUAAAAGGAAGUUUAAUUAUAUCUCCUCUUUUGCAAUACUUAUAUUGCAUUAAUUAGUGCUAUUUCCAACCAGUUACCUGUGCCUGCAGGUAACAGAUGUGCGUAAGUAUUUGAAAUUGUCACAUUUAGUUCUUCAUCUUCAAAAUGAACACCAGAACUGAGUGUUUUACUUGUGGUGAUGCAAGAGAGGGAAAGACCUGAAGUAUGAAUUUUUGGGUCGCUUGUUGAGUCUUUAGAGCUGGCACUUCUAAAAAUAUUUUUGAAAGUCAAGUAGAAGUGACUUAUUAGACAGUAAAUUUUGAACUCUUUAGUGCCAUUUGGUAAUAAAUAAAGAAGCAGGACUGUAGGCCUAAAUUUUCAGAGGAACGUUCAUGAUGUAGUUGUACAUAUUCAAUAAUUACUUCCUGCUGUUUGACCAGGCUAGGGUAGGGGAAGACCAGUAAAGGAAGAGUUAAUUUUUUGGGGUUGGGAGGUUUUUUUGUUAGAUUUUCUUAUAUGUUUCAAAGUUCAAAAUAUGCUAUGCAAGAAACUAAGUAAAAUUUAAUAUCUUAAUUUUUAGAAAGUGUAAAGUUUUUAAACAGUUAUAUUUUAAUUUUUUAAUGAGAAGCUUAAUUUUCGUUGCUUGGAAAACAGCAUAUACUUCAGAGUAAAAACGUCAGCCUAAAUGAUUUACCAUGAAACAAGAAGCUUUUGUGGUACCUUUCUUUCACACUGUAAUUAAAAUUCUUCUUGGUGCUAUACGAUACAA